UUUCCCUAUCCCUGAGGAUGUAUUCUGUUCUCCACUUCUCCACCCAAAAACCUCCCCAAAGCCCCUCUCUUUCGCCUUCUCAAUCCAAAUGGAGCGGCCUGCACAAGCUCCUCUGCUCCCUCCAUCCCCAACCCCUAACCCUACACGUAAACCUAAGCCCAAAACUCCCCUUCGUCUUCUCCUCUCAUCUCAAAUCACUACCCUACCCGCUGAUCCACCACUACCCCAUCCCCCUCCCAAACCAAUCCUCCUCCUCCUCCACCGCCGUUUCCGCCGGCCGAAGCAAGAAGAAGCCCGGAGGCCCCUCUCCAGGACGUAUCGAGGGCAGCGGUGAGCUCCGCCGCGCCGCCAAGGAGAACGCCCGCCGCCGCUCCCGCCGAAGCUCUGAAAACCGCUUCUACCGCCGCUCCCGCGCUGCUGCCGAGCAAGCGGAUUCCUUCACUGAGGAUGAACUCGAGAUGAUCGGUCUCGGCUACGACCGCGCCGUCCGAUUCAUGUCCAAGGACCACCCCAUGCUCCGACACCCCUAUGACUGGUACAAGUACGGCCGAUACGGCCCUUACUCCUGGCGCGGCAUCGUCGUCGGCCCCCCAAUUCGCGGCCGGUUCACCGACGAGCGCGUCUCCAUCAUCAGCGAGGUUCGCGAUCACGAAGAGUUUGAAAAAAUCGAACAGUUUGAGAUGGCUAAUGAAUACUCCCGCCAUGUCCUAGAUCUCAACCCCUCUGUUGGCCUCCGGCAUUACUGGGUUUUCGUCCGGCAUCCUAAAUGGAGGGCUAGUGAGCUCCCUUGGCAGCAGUGGACUCUGGUUUCAGAGGUCGUUGUAGAGGCCAGCAAGAAGGAGCGGGUUGAUAAAUGGAGCUUGAUGGGUCGGUUGGGAAACAGGAGUAGAGCAAAUGUUACACAAUGUGCCGCUUGGAUGAGACCUGACAUCAUUUACGUCAAGAAGCCGCUUUAUCAGUGCCGUUUUGAGCCUCAAGAUGAGUUUUUUAAGCAUCUAUGGCCGCUGCUUGAUCCGAACACAGAGAAUGAGUUUAAAUUCGAGUUGAAGACAGAGGAAAAUGGUAGGGUUUUUGUUGAGAACUGCACCUACUUUGGUGGUCUGUGUAAGAUUGUUAAGAUUAGUCCCAAAGCCUAUGUGGAUGAUGUGGUGAAUGCUUAUCAGAAGUUGAGUGAUGAAGGAAAAUCGCGGUGCUUGGAGUUCUUGCUGAGAAACCAUCCAGUGGAGUUGCUUCACCCUUACACUAAAGAAUGGAAGGCAAAGUUAGAGGAGAUUGAAUUGGGCUGUGAUGCUCCCGAUGAGAGUGAUGAUGAUGGUGGUGGGAAUGAGGGAGAAGUUACUGAAUGGAUUGAGGAUGAUGAAGAGGAUGACGAAGAGGAUGAUGAUUAUGUCAUGGAGGCUUCAGGAGGGGAUGAUGAAGUGAUUGAUGUGGGUGAGGAUGUGGUGGAUAAAGAAGAAGAAGAAGAAGAAGAGGUAAAAGAUCCUGAUCCUGAAGAAACUCAGGAAUACUGGGAUCAACAAUGGGAGAAGGCUCUAAAGAGCUCACAGGCAAUGGAGGAGCUGGUGAAAAAGAGGCUCCAGGCAUCUGAUACACACUACAAGAAGCAGAUGGAGGAGGAAAGUAAUAAAGAGGAGGAAAGACAUGAAUCAACUCAGAUUGAUGUGGAUGCAGAAUUGGAGCAAAUUAAAGCAGAAUGGAAGAGGGAAGAGUUUAAAUGGGCCAGUAGAAAGGUGAAGAAAGGAAAGCUACCUCCUGAGCUGUUUCUAAAAUCUGCUGUCAGGCCAUUCACAUAUCGGAAUCUUGUUAAAGAAAUCGUUUUGAUGAGACAUGCUAUUCUUGAUGGAGAUAUUAGUUUGAAAACCUGAGUAGAACACCAUUUAUUUGGAUUUGCAUUAUUCCAUGGAAGAAAACGCAUCAGUUCUGGAAUUUGCGAUGUUGAUCUCUGAUUAGGAUAUCCAGCUGCUUCAAAUCAGGUGAAGCAGAAAUUUUGAAUCCAACUAUUCAAGUUGAAACCAUUGAAAGAUGAUCAUUUGUAUCUGAUUGCUUGCUUAUCAAUGGAAAGUUAGGAAAUCUUAUAUUAAGUUUGAGAUUAGCAUAUAAUCAAAUUGUAUGAUCUUAAUGUUAUAUUAUCAUAAUUUUUGUUAA